AUGUGUUUUAAAUUUUGGCGUAAGAAAACGUUGCCCCCUGAAAGACGCCAACAAUCUACGCCAAAACCCGCCGAAGGAGGAGGUGAUAAUGACGCCGUCAUGGCCCAAAUGAGACGCAAAAUUGACGCCAUAAACCAGGUUCGCGAAGCUGCCAAAUUGAGAAGGAAAGAGGAUGGAACAGAAAAGGAAGAUCAAAUCGAGCUCAAACCACCACAAGUGUCAUUUUACUUGGAUCCAGAACCUGAACGUUAUGACAUUGAUUCGUAUCUAACUCCUUCAAUUAUUCAAUAUGUAGACGCUUCCGACAGUGAUGAUGAUGUAGAAGAUGUCAAUAAUGAUGGCAAAAAGAGAUGUCUUUCAUCUUAA